AUGGCUGCCCUGUGGACUCUCUCUCCUCUGCUCUCUGCCUGUCUGUUUUGGCCCGCAUGUUUGGCCCUGACUCCCGGAGCCGAGCCUCUGCACCCCCAAAACCUGCCCUCCUCGCUGGGCUUAAACAGCAGCGAUGGCAGCCCGUCUGUGGAUCUUCCCUUGGCUCUAAGGGUUUUCAGCGUAGACUAUCACCAUGUGCAGGCUCCCUUUGAGAUCGUGCUGUGGAUCAUGCUGGCCUCGCUGGCCAAGCUGGGUUUCCACUGGUCAGGUCGGGUCCCAGCAGUGGUCCCAGAGAGCUGUCUCCUCAUCAUGGUGGGCCUUCUGGUUGGAGGAGUGAUCUAUGGCGUUCGCCACUCUGCCCCCCCAACCCUCAGCGCUGAUGCUUUUUUCCUCUUUCUGCUCCCGCCAAUUGUGUUAGACGCAGGAUACUUCCUGCCAGGGAGGCUGUUCUUUGAGAAUCUUGGCACCAUCCUCUGGUAUGCGGUUCUGGGAACCCUCUGGAACGUGUUGGGCAUCGGCCUGUCUCUGUACGGUGUGUGUCUGCUGGCCCAGAGCUCUCUGGGCGACGUGUCUCUGCUCCACUGUCUGCUGUUCGGCUCUCUGAUUUCUGCCGUCGACCCCGUGGCCGUGCUCUCUGUCUUCCACGAGAUGCAUGUUAACGAACAGCUUCACAUCUUGGUGUUCGGAGAGUCGCUGCUCAACGACGCUGUUACUGUGGUGCUCUACAAGCUGUUUGAAUCCUUCCUACGUCUGCCGGCAGUGUCUGGGGUGGAUGUGUUUCUGGGGGGGUGCAGGGUUUUAUUGGUGGGCCUGGGUGGACUGUUCGUAGGCCUCUUCUUCGGCCUGCUGGCAGCCCUCACCUCACGGUUCACCUCCAGAGCCCAGGUCAUCGCCCCGCUCUUUGUUUUCCUCUACUCAUAUUUGUCCUACCUGACCUCGGAGAUGCUUCACCUCUCUGGAAUCAUGGCCAUUGUGACCUGCGCUGUGACCAUGAAGCAGUAUGUGGAGGCUAAUGUGUCCGAGCGCAGCAACACCAGCAUCCAGUACUUCCUGAAGAUGUGGAGCAGUGUGAGUGAGACCCUCAUCUUCAUCUUCCUCGGCGUGUCCACAAUACAGGAUGUCCACAUGUGGAGCUGGCCCUUCGUCUGCUCCACGCUGCUGCUCUGCCUCGUCUGGAGGGCCUCAGGUGUUCUCCUGCUGACCGCUGUGGUGAACAAGCUCCGGAGGAACACUGUGACAUUUAGAGAUCAGUUCAUCAUUGCUUAUGGAGGCAUGAGAGGGGCGAUCUGCUUCUCCCUCGUCUUCCUGAUCGAUGACUUCCCAAAGAAGAGACUCUUCAUUACAACUACCAUCGUGGUCAUCCUCUUCACUGUCUUUGUACAGGGGAUGACUAUUAAACCUCUAGUGGAGUUACUGGAUGUGAAGAGGAAGAAGAGAGGUCUAAAUACAGUCAGUGAGGAGAUCCACAGCAGGCUCAUUGACCACCUUCUGGCAGGAAUAGAGGAUGUGGUUGGUUACUGGGGGCAGCACUACUGGAAAGACAAGUUUGAGCAGUUCAAUAAGAAGUACCUUCGUCGUUUCCUGAUCCGUGACGAUCACCAGGCCCGCUCCAGCAUCCUCAGAGUUUACCAGGAGCUGGAGAGAAGGGAGCAGAGGGGAGACGAGGAGGCCCCCCCGCCAGUAGUGGACCCCCGCUCCCACAGCCGCCCCCUCUUGCCCGAGGAGAUGGAGAGCAUCCGGCGUAUUCUCUCAAGAAACCUUCAACACUUCAAUAACAUGCAGAGACCGGCCUACAGCAGACACACUUUGCACCAGGACGCCACCAUGGGCCGAGCGAGGAAGCCUCUCCACAGACACCAGAGUCUGGGAGAAAGAUGCACGUAUAACACUCAGGGGGAGGAUGGAGAGUUUAACGGCUCACGCAGAGGGAGAGCAGGACUCAGCAGGUCCCACACAGUGUGCUCCAUGAGCCCGAGGCCUGUCCUGCAGGACGCAUCAGUCCCAGCAGCUUCAGCUCAAACCAGAGGACGAGUGGAUCCGGACUCUGAAGCUUUCAGAGAGGAGCAGAUCUCUCCAGAACAACAUGAAGCACCUGCGGAGAGAGCCGCGAGGAAACAACUCAGCUUUGUUUUGGAGAGCGAGAAGCAGCCAUGAAGGCAGAAUGUGACAAAGAAGACAUUUAA